UCUGUAGUAGGGAUGGGGCCUGAUUUUCUUUUCUUGGUUAAUGAGCUUAGCCCGUGCUGAGUAGCUUUUAGCCCUGCAGAUUGUUGUAGUGGGCACUGGUUAGUCCAUAGCGGUUAGCAAGGGGAACCAGAGUGGAGGAGUGAAUCUCAGAAGGGGCAGAGCUGCAGCCACAGCCUCACCACUCCUCUGACUGCCUACCAGGACCACCUCUACUCGUAUCGGCACUGCGGCUGGGACGUUUCUCUCUACUCUCUCCCCUCCCUCCCUCUCCUCUGCAUCUCUCUAACGCUACCUGACUCCCCUCUCUCUUCUUCUCUGUCUGUCCCGGAGCACUGACGAACUGCUUUUUGUUGCUGCAUCACCUCCUCAGCUGCUGUCCCUCUUUCUGCCCCUUGUUUCCAUCUCCUUUUGCUCUUUUCUGCCUUACCUCUUACUUUGUUGCAAAAAUGUACCGGAACCCGUGGAUCUCAAAUUACCUGACUCAUGUCAAGUUUUGCAGCCAAGGACUUGGGAGUGAGACCCCCAUUAAACUAAGCAAUCCAAGAUUGCUACAGAAGAGAGCUUUGAGCUUCCAGAAAGAAUUCUUUGACGAAAAAGACGACCCAGCCAAAAGCACCAAGGAUAUAGAUGUUAGUGUCUUGGCCAAUCUUCCCAAAGUCUCUGAAUUGAGGAAACGAUUUGAAGGCAUUAGCACAAGCACAAGUGACUGGGAAAUGAACAGAAAGGAGCGUAUUGCUCGGCGGUUGGAGGGCAUUGAAGGUGAGAUGCAUCCGUCUCUCCUGCCCAGUUUGGUGGCCAACCGGCUUCUGGAAGAGGACACACCACGAUACACCAGGGCCUCUGACCCUUGUGAGCCCUGUGGUGUUACAGUCCAGCGGUAUGGCAUAGAGGGAUUUGAAAGCGCAGGAAUGCAGCUAACCGCUCCGGAGCGACAGUCCCGAGCUCGAUGCAGACCUGAACCUCAGUCCGCCAUCCACACAGAACCUCUCUACAGUUCAGGCCCCACCACCAGUGCCCCAGAGCUGGAGUCCAAGGCUGAACGCAUCGCCCGCUACAAGGCAGAGCGGCGCCGGCAGCUGGCAGAGCGCUACGGCAUCUCUUUGGAUCAGGAGCCAGACCUUGACUGUCCCUCCAGCUACACAAGCACCCGGAAAGAGGUGGAAGGCUUCGGUAGGCAGAAAGGGGAGUUUGUGGGGGAAGAAGGGAAGGACAUCACCGUGAGUUCCUCUGCCACUAGCCCCAGGGCAGGACGCACGGCACCACAGCAUGGCCACCCCAACCUGGGUUACGAGAUGGGUCGAAUUAGGGUGGACUCGUUCUCAGAGAGGGAGAGGCUGAUGAACCUGGAGAAUCAACGCCGAGCUGCUGAGCCACCAUCCUCUUCCUCAUACAUGGAUGUGACAUCAUUGUCCUCAGCUGCCAGGGUGCCCGCCAAGGACUCUUCAGUCACAGGGAUGCCACCCACUUCACCCAAGCUGAGCAGGCACCCUUCCCUCUCUCCACCUAAACACGGGGUAUCUCGUGGGGACCUCUUCAUUGAGCAGCAGGCCCACAACGUCCUCAGCAGGCAGGGAAUCAGAGUUAGAGAGAGGCUUGCCAGGGAGGAGGGCAGCCAGAAGAGCCCAGAGCUGGGAAAUACUACAGAAACCCCAGUGUACCGCAGAAAAUUUCAACACCAGACCCAAACCUCUACACACUACCACACAGACCCACCAGGCCCCCAGCAAGCUUACUCCAAUCCCCAACUCCACCCCGAGGCUCAACUCACCCGACCAGGGCCACCGGGAGGACAAGAAGUUGGAGGUUACCCCAGUUACCUGUCUAUGGCCUCUGGUCCCACAUCCAGAGCCGGACGGCAGCUGCAACAACAACUGCAAGAGGAAGAGACUGAGGAGUCAGAGGAUGUGAAGACAGAGGGCCUUCUGAGGAGUAGGAAAGCAGUGCUGCCCUCUGAGAUUCGCCGCAGGGAGAGGAGCACUGAGGACCCAUGGAGAGGAAGGGGGGAAGAGGAGCAAGGGAUGUCCAGGGUGCUGAGUCUCAGGCAGGCAAGGGAGUCUGAGGCAGAUGAUCCAGCAAGAAACCGAAGCAGAGCCAGGCUGGAUGAAACAGAGCACACCGCCCUGCAACCAUCAGGGCGCAAGCCCAGAGAGCGGGAAAAUGCCAUUUAUAUCCACAAAGGGGCGGUUGCCACCCACAUCCAGCCCAGAGUGGCACAUGCAGGCCCAGGAAGCUCCAGCUCCAGCACAGCCCGGAGUCGCUCAUUGUCAGAUGCUGGGGAUCCACGAGGGUCCAGUCAGAGCAACCUGCAGCACCAGGCCCAGGACCCCCAAGAGGUCAGGGAUGGUGAAGGUUUCAGUAACCGAGAGAGUCACAACGACACCGGGGUGUCAGUGGCCCUGCUUAGACAUUCCUACAUGGAAAGCACCACCACCCCCCCAACCAGCCGCAGGAAUGAGCUUGAGGUUAUGGGGGAGAGGGCACUCGCUGGCUACGAGGCCCCAUGGAGAGGGGAGAAGGACAGGGGGCGCAGGCCUCGACAGUAUAUCUGUCCUGGGGAUGGUAGAAAGACCUCAGAGAGGUUUAGGACGCAGCCCAUCACUUCUGCUGAGCGCCAGGAGACUGAUAGGUCCUGUGUGAGUUCAGAUCUUGCUUCCACUGAAGCUGAUGAAGAGAAGCUAGAUGAACGGGCCAAGCUGAGUGUAGCAGCCAAGCGCUCUCUCUUCAGGGAACUUGAAAAGAGCAUUGAUGGCGGAGCCCCUAAACCACGGUCCAGGAAUGCAGCAGUGGACAGGAGACUAAGACGGACACAAGACCGAUCCAGAACUCAGCCAGUCACCACUGAGGAAGUAGUCAUCGCUGCGACCGUCCCCACUCACGUGCCACAAACGGUGACUGUUCACACUGCUGUAGCACGCGCCCCUAGCCCUACCAGCACUGUUCUGCCAUAUAGACUGCAGGCAUCCUCACAGCAGAGCGCCGCCGCCCGGAAGCAGGCGUGGGAGGCCAGACAAGUGCAGGAUACCCAGGAGGUCCAGGGCCCUAAGCCUGUGUCCGCAGUGGAGGGAAAGGACCAGAGCCAGAGUCAAAUCCAGGAUCAGGAGGAGCCUGACCUCUGCACCCUUAGCCUGGCAGAAAAGAUGGCGUUGUUCAACAGACUGUCUCAGCCUCCAACCAGGGUUACCCGCACCAGAGGGGACUCGCGUCAGCGUAGGGCCAACACUCGCUAUCAAACACAACCCAUCACACUGGAAGAUAUGGAGCAGGAGGCUUCAGACAUAGACGUCAGGGAUGAACUGGAGCUAUGUGACAGCCCAGUAGAGCACCUACAACUUCAUAAUGGUACAGGCUCUCGGUUCGGACACCUCCAUACUUCAUCAUCCUCUUCUGCUCUGAGAGCAGGAAGUACCGUCUCCACUGACCAUGCCGGAGAUAUCCACAUAACCAGAGCAGCAGCCCGGGUUGAACCCCUCCCUACCAGCUCGGGCUCGUCUUUGCCCCCUCGCCACGACCUGGCCUUGAUGUCCCAGGACUCUGUGGACCAACAGAGGUCCGGAAUCUUUUCCCACAGAGAAGACGGAGCUGAUCUGGGAGGAGGGAAGAGGAAGCUGUAUUCUCCUGAGGGAGUGGUCAGGCAGGCUGCACUGCCCCAGCCCCAGACUGGAAGAGAGAGGAGUGGGGAGGAGGAGGAAGAGGAGCAGUGGCUAGCCAGAGGGGCAGGUGACAGAGCCAUGCAGAGCUCAGAGAGCCACAUGGUCCAGGCGAGGCAGGAGGCGUAUCUGAGUGAGGAAGGACACUGCCCAGAGAGUCAGAAGAACAGUGCCAUUAUUGGAGAACUGCUAGAGCCCACUGUGGUUGCAUCCAGAGCAGCAUCUGGUUCGCCCAGGAGUGUGUGUCAGCCUCCAGUGGCAGAUACACACAUAAAUGGCAGUGGACCCCCAGCUGGCCUGGUUCAACCUGAGCAUGAAGAUGAACUGAACGACAUGAUGACGGCCAGACACAUGUCCAUCAAACAGAGAGUGGCCUUGUUGAAGAUGAGUGGUGAGCAGGACUGGAGGAACAGGAUCAAUAAGAAGCAGGAUGUGGUGAAGGUUGCUGUGGAUGAACAGCAUGCUCAGCUCUGGGAGGCGGAGCAGAGCUUCAAGACGAAGGACGAUGAAGCACUGAUGAUAAUCGAUGAGUUUGCUGUGUCCGACCAGCUAUGGGAGCCAGUCUUUCCCUCGACUUUCUCUCCUCCUCCUGAGCCUCCUUUUACUUCUUCCCCUGACGUUUCAGCGAGCCAGGCCACCAGAUCUCCCAGACCCAUGCAGGUGGAUGAGAGACACCCCUGGAGACGGAAGAGAAUAGCUGAGGCUGAGAUGGAGUGUCAGGGGAUCGAGUGUCACAUGUCUAUCCAGGAGAGGAAACAGCUGAUAGUAGCACAAGAGGAGUCCUGGAAAAUGAAAGGCCACGGAGCCGCCAAUGACUCCACCCAGUUCACUGUGGCUGCACGCAUGGUGAAGAAAGGGCUGGCCUCACCCUCAGCCCUCCAGUGUCCAGUGUCCUCCAAACCCAAGAACAGCAGCCUUGCCAUCUCCAAACCACAGGAAGAAAUCAAAGCCAUACCAGAUCUGAAUCUGGAGUCAGACAUGAAGCUGGAUAAACUGGAGUCAUUCCUUGGCAAGCUCAACAGUAAAGUGUCCGGACUGCCAGAAGCGACCAUCACAGUUACAGAGAAGAAGGUGAAGGAAGUGAUGAACCUUGAAGAUGAAACUUUUACCAAGUUCUACCGCCAAGUUGAGGAGCUCCCCGUCACUACAAACAGGAUGGAGAUAGAGGACGACUUUGACGCCAUCUUCGGUCCCCAGGUGCCAAAGCUGACCUCUGAGAUGGUGCAGCACAAGCGAGCGGUGCGUCCGGCGCGUAACGUCCAGUCAUCAAGGAACCCUCUGAAGAUCCUGGCUGCCAGGGAGGACAUCAGACAUGAAUACACAGAGGAGAGGCUCAACAUUGGCCUGCUGGAGAGCAAGAGGAUGAAGGCUGAGAAGUUGAAUAAGAACUCUGGCUUCUCUGAUGUGGCUCUGGCUGGUCUGGCCAGCAAGGAGAACUUCAGCAACAUCAACCUUCGCAGCGUCAACAUCUCCGAGCAGAUGUCCAACAAUAGCGCCGUGCCUUACAAGAAACUGAUGCUGUUACAGGUCAAAGGUCAGUUGACCUGAUCAUCAAAUUUUUUU